AUGGGAAAAUACCUAGACGAGGCUUUCUGCGAGGGGACGUAUGAGAAGUUUGACAUCGACAACUUCACAUACAACGAGACGAUCAUGAAGCUUCGGACCGACGACAUGGAAAUGCCAAUCUUAAGCAUGUUAGUCACCAGGGCGAAAGAAGGGGGAGAAGAGCUCUUGGUGACAGGAGACGGUGAAGGUCGCAUCCGAGUGUGGGAAACGGAGACUUGGAAGCAGCUCGUGCAGUUUGCCGGGCAUCGCUGCGGCGUGACGACGAUGAUCGUUGCGGAGACAGGUCAGAUCAUUAGCGGCGGAGCAGACAACGACAUCUGGAGUUGGAACCUCCUCUCCUUCAAGGGCGAAAAGUUGAUCGCUGGAGUCCCUCCGAUCGCCAUGAACGCCUUCAUGGACUUGAAGACUGCACUCACUGUCACAUGGAACGGACACGACGCUUCCAUCUUCAGCCUCGGCCUGGUCAACGCGACGCGGGAAGGAGUGGAGGAGGCAGGAGGAGGAGACAGAAAGUUCGAGUGGAAGGGGAGUCUGGUCAGGACGAAGGAGGAGGUUGAGGGUGAUGGAGGCUUCUUCCGGGCGCUAGUGAGUGGUGACUUCCACGGCAAGAUCAUGGUGUGGGACACGCGGGUGAAGCCUCCUGAGCUAGUCGCUGAGCUGGACGAUCACGCGGGCCCAGUGCGAGUGCUGGAGGCUCAGGAAGAGAAGAACUUGUUGUUCUCUGCGGGGGAGGACUGGGCGAUCAAUGUUUGGAGAACGGACACAUUCAAGCUCGUGAGGAGGCUGAUGGGUCACGGGGCUCCGGUCCGGUGCUUGAGGAGAGUUGGCGAGCUGUUGCUGAGCGGGUCCAUGGAUUGUUCGCUGAGAGGAUGGAACCUCCUGGCUGGUGGACAACCGGUGGAUCUAGCUCUCAACCAUACCGGGUGGGUGAUGAACAUGCACGUGGACGAGGCGCGGGAGCGGAUUAUCACCGGGUGUAGCGACGGUGGGGUCUACGUGUGGGACUUGAGUUCGCAUGCGCUCCUCUCAGAGACUCCAACUCAUGACGGGUGGGUCCUUGCCCUGGCCAUGGUGACCGGCGGACGAGUCGUCUCCUCCUCCAGCGAGCUUGAUCUCGCCAUUCGCCCGCUAGAGCUCUGCUAG